UAAUAAUAUAUGUAUCGAUCAUAUCUAAAAUGCUUGUUUAAAACUUCCAAUCACAGCAGAUAAUAUACUACAAAAUUGCACCUAAAAAAGAAAAAGAUAGAUUUUUAAUUCAACUGUGACUGCUACGCUAAUGUGAAAUGAAAAAAAAAGUUUCUCUUGGCAUGGAUUAAUCCGUCGUCUAUCUAGCUGUCACGCUUAUUCAACGGACGUACAAGUUAGUAGGUAGAAAGAUAUGUCUCGGCUCGAUGUUGUGUACGGCCUGAGAAUUUGAUCCGCAUCAUAACUCCGCAGUGUAAUAUAUAUAUUUGUAUACGAUAAGAUCUGAUUGUGUGAAAAUCGUGCGAAAUGUCCUUGAUCAGGUCCUUAUGGAAGUGUACAUUCAGUCCGCGGCUUUUCAAGAUUUGCGAGGUAACAUGGAUCGGUCAUCUGGUUGACAAAUCGUACGAGCCGAAGAACUUGGAACGAUGGAGCGAUCAAAUUGUGAUUUCCUUGCACAUUGUUACAGCAGCAAUAUGGUCUAUAACUCUUUACGCUGCACCACUUAUUGCCAUCGCUGUACCGUUUAUGUAUCAACGUGGUUAUUCCUUCACAGAUAAUGUUUUUUGUUUGAGUAAAUUGGCAACUGGUGCUGGUGCACUUUUCGUUGCUUCGUUAGCGGCACGUGGUUACUCCAGAGUUAACAAUCCAGUAUAUGUAAAAUUUAUACAAACUUUAAAUGAAGCACAUUUACAAUAUAAUGAAAGGACAAAACAGGAGCUUCACAAAUAUGAUUUUGAAUUUUGGGCAUGGCCUGUGGAUUUUGAUAUAUCGGAAUUAGAAGGUAACAGAUUUGCAGACAAAUUGACACUAAGACAGAUUGCAACAGCUAGCGGGCGUCUGAAACGUCAAAGUGGCAAAGAUUUCUUAUUUGCCAUACCAUGUAAAUUAUUUUCUUAUAUAGCAGCGCAUAUUGUUGCAAUCAAAAUGAUUUAUCCUGGCAGUGUAUCUAUUAUCAGCUGGGCAAUUGGUUCUACAUUAUCGAAGGGAAGGAUAGAUUUAAUAAAACAAGGCGGAGAAAGAUUUAAGCUGGUGACAGCUAAUAAAAAUGAAAUUGAUACAAUGUUCGUCGAUCGACGCAACAAGAAUACUAAUGGCGAUAUAUUAGUAAUAACUUGCGAAGGAAAUUGUGGUUUCUAUGAAACAGGUAUUAUAUCCACUCCUUUGAAUAAGGGUUAUUCAGUAUUAGGCUGGAAUCAUCCAGGUUUCGGCGGCAGUACUGGUGCACCAUAUCCAGACCAAGAGGAAAAAGCCAUCGAUUGUAUAAUGCGUUUUGCGAUCGACCGUCUAAAGUUUCCUGAGAAACGCAUUAUCCUGUAUGGAUGGAGCAUCGGAGGAUAUACCGCUACCUGGGCUGCUAUGAAUUACCCUUCUAUUCAGAGCUUGGUGGUUUUAGAUGCUACAUUUGAUGAUAUAUUUCCAUUAGCUAUGAAAGCAAUGCCACCGUCCCUGGAAGGUUUAAUCCGCAAUAUAAUCAGAGAUUAUUUUAAUUUAAAUAUAGCAGAACAAUUGAAUAGAUAUAACGGGACUGUAUUAUUAGUGAGAAGAACAGACGACGAGAUUGUUUGUACACCUAAUAACAGCUUAGCUGGAAAUCGCGGCAAUAUAUUGCUGACGAAACUGCUUCUCAGGCGUUAUCCACAUUUAUUUUCUGGAACCUCCGAAUCUGGAACUGUCCUAUCGACAUUCUUAUCCGCUGAAGCUUCUGAUAAAAAAUCGAUAUUGGAAUUAAGAGUGGAGGAAAAGCGUUGCUUAGAGCUGAUAGCAGCUGAUGUACGAAAAAAUAAUGGGGUGAUAAGUUAUCCGUCUACUCUAGGACAAGAUUGUAAUGUUAAGACAAAAUUGCAGUUGAUCCUUUUUCUUGCAACAAUGUACAUGAAAGACCAAUCGUCGUCACACUGCAUCCCAUUGACUGUUGAUCUCUUUCAUCCAGGUUGGGACCCAGCAUCCACAAUCACUGUAAAAUAGACUCGAUAUUGUGUCCUAAAAGUCAGAAACUUUUCAAGAGAUUCUUAUUCGUAUAGUACAAUACGAACGAGCAAAAACAGUAACAAUCUUCAGUGCAUUUCAUGUUGAGUUUCAAUUAGCACACAUACAUAAACAUUAUUUAUUCUACAUUAAUCUAUACUCAAUCUUUGACAAAUUGUUGAAAAAAAUGUUACAUAUUAGAUGUCUCAUUUUUCAUUCACUGUAAAAACAUUCUGGUUGAACUAGUGGCUACUUGCAUUUUUCAAGUUAAUUAUAUCAGUUGCACAUCUCACCAAAUACUGCUAUAUGUGUAAGAAAAUUAUUUUACAAUAUAAAUAUUAAAAUUUAGACAAAUUGAAUUUUAAUAUAUGUUUCUUUACAUUAUUUUAAGAAAUAAUAAUUAUUAUACAAUAUAUAUUAUUUUAUUAUUAAAUUGAGAAUGAUAAAACUCUGAAAUGAAUAUACACACAAUAUAAACAUGUAAACACAAUAUAAACAUGUAAGAUAUAAUAAAUGUAUUUUUCAUUUCAAUCAUAA